AUGCUCAAUGCUCAAUGCUCGUUUUCUACACUCAUCAUUCUUCAAGGAGGUACCACUCUAUUUCCUUGCGAUCUUAGUGGCAGAAGAGCUCAGAGUGACCAUCUGCUGACUCAUCGAGCAUGCGUCUGGACGUCAUUGUCACGUGGGACACGCGGGGGUGGAAUCGCUGAUGUGUUUUGUAUAACUACUGGUCGUCGAGAUGAUAUUGACAGUUAAUCUGGUCAGCAUCCAAGUAGGUCCCAGGAGAGAUUUCUUCAUCGCUCUGCGCAAAUGCGGGAAGUCAUUCAGGCGCAAUGUUAUCCCGUCGGGGGGAAGUUCGACUACCCCAGAUUUCGGUCGGAUCUCGUCCGAGAGAACAAAUGGUAUAUAGCAUCACAAUACCGAGUAGUCAUAGUAGACAACCACAUCACCUAGAUAGGCAAAAAAUUCCUGCAAAAUGCUUGAAAUCCUCGAUGACAAAUCUCAAUACUGCAUCCCAUUUCUACUGAAACGCCUGGAAGCCCACCAGGCGCGACACGGAAAUGACCCAAACAAUACCCCACCAUUCUUCCUGGGACUCAACGGUGUCCAGGGAGCGGGCAAGACUGUGCUGGUCUCAACCCUUCAAUCAACCCUUCGAGCACCUCCAUAUUCCCUCCCGGUCGUCACCAUCUCCCUGGAUGAUUUCUACCUCACCCAUGAGCAACAACAGACACUAGCCAAAACCUUUCCUUCCAAUCCUCUUCUCCAGCAUCGCGGUCAGCCGGCAACCCAUGACCUCUCUCUAGCCGAAAAGGUCUUCGAGUCUCUCCGUGCCGGCCGUCGUACCGCUAUCCCGCAAUAUGACAAGUCUGCGUAUUCGGGACAGGGCGAUCGUGUAGCCGAGAGCCAAUGGGAAGCGGUCAACGGCGACGGACAAGAGAAAAUCAAAGUGGUCAUCUUCGAAGGCUGGUGCGUUGGCUUCCGUGCCCUGGAUGAUGAAGUCCUCAGGGAGAAGUGGGAGGCCGCAGUCCGCCAGAAAGACCAAGGUGGUUAUAAUGGCCGCUUAGGGCAUGUGAAGUUUGAAGAUGUCAAGGCCGUCAAUGAUGCCUUGCGGAAAUAUGAUGUAUUGACCGAUCGGCUCGACGCAUUGGUCCAUAUCGAUGCGCAAGACCUCCACUUUGUCUACGACUGGAGACAGGAACAGGAGAGAACACUGCGUGCAACCAAAGGAACCGGCAUGACUGAGGAGCAGGUAUCUCACUUCGUGAAUGGCUACUACCCGUCUUAUGAACUUUUCACUGAGGCACUUCGAGAAGGGGCAUUCAAGCCUGCUUCGAACUCAACAGGCGCCGACUGGCAAGGCAGACAGCUCCGUCUGAUCGUCAAUAAGGAGAGGAGGGUUCAAGAAGCCAUUGAAAUUUAA